AUGCUAAUACUAAUUGAAUUUGAGCUCGAAUUUUUGAAGCAGGAUUUUUUAAUUUUGGAGAUCCACAACGCCAAUACUUUGGUAUAUGACCAAGGACAAGACAUUUACAUACGACUCGCAUCUUCAGAAUUUGAUCAUAUAAAGAAUAAGAGGAACUUGAAGCGUGUUGGUACUCUUGCAGGAGUUGUUGCAUUCAUUAUAGGACUUACCGUUAUUAUAUUGGUCACGUUAGCAUCUAAAAAGAAGCUUGGUAAUACAGAAGGUAUAAAAAAGUUACUUCACAAGAAGGAGAAGGAGGAUGGUGACUUGGCAACAAUAUUUGAUUUUUCAACCAUCACUAAUGCAACAAAUCACUUCUCUUACAGAAACAAGUUAGGAGAAGGUGGUUUUGGACCUGUUUACAAGGGCAUAUUGGUAGAUGGCCAAGAGAUUGCUGUUAAGAGGCUAUCUGAAACAUCAGGACAAGAAGCUUGGAUUACUUUAUUUUUGAUACUGCGCGAAAUAAGUUACUAG